CACGCGGAGACGGCGAGACUUCCUCCAUCCCAGAUUGGCCAGCUAUGAAUACCAUUGAUUUGCCAUCCCUAUUUGAACAUGUGGAAGUGGAGAAUUUCACUGAAACCAACUUGACUUGUGGCGGUGGAGACUGCAUCACUGUGGACUCCUUAUCAUGCCCAACUAUGCUCAACAAAAGUGCCCUGCUUUACACCCUCUCCAUUUUUUAUAUAUUUAUAUUUAUGAUAGGCUUAGUAGCCAAUUUUGUGGUUGUCUGGAUGAACUUCCAAGCCAAAACAACUGGCUACGAAACUCAUCUCUAUAUCUUCAAUCUCGCCAUUGCCGACCUGUGUGUGAUCAUCACUCUUCCAGUCUGGGUGGUCUCCCUUGUUCAGCAUAGCCAGUGGCACAUGGGAGAGAUCACUUGCAAGAUCACUCACCUCGUGUUUUCCAUCAAUCUGUAUGGGAGCAUCUUCUUCCUGGCAUGCAUGAGCGUGGAUCGAUACCUCUCCGUGGCCUGCUUCACAACCUCCAGCAGCGUUAAGAAGAAGAGAAUCCGCCGUUGCAUCUGCAUCUUUGUCUGGCUUUUUGCUUUCUUUGUGUCCAUCCCUGAUACCCACUACCUGAAGACCGUUUCCUCCAACAAUGAGACCUAUUGCCGCCCUGUCUAUCCGGAGGAGAAUGCUAAGGAGUGGCUGGCUAGCAUGGAACUGAGCUCUGUCAUUCUAGGUUUUGUCAUUCCUUUCCCCAUCAUUGCCAUUUUCUAUUGUCUCCUAGCAAGAGCCAUAUCUGCCUCUAAUGACCAAGAGAGGAAGAGCAACGGGAAAAUAAUUUUUUCCUAUGUCAUUGUGUUUCUGGUCUGCUGGCUGCCGUACCAUGUCGUGGUCUUGCUUGACUUGUUGGUGACCUUCCAUUUCCUUCCCUUCAGCUGCCACAUGGAGAGCUUCUUCUUUGCAGCUCUUCAUGUUACUCAGUGUUUGUCUCUGGUUCACUGCUGCGUCAACCCCAUACUCUACAGCUUCAUCAACCGAAACUACAAGUAUGAGCUCAUGAAGGCAUUCAUCUUUAAGUACUCUGCCAAAACAGGCCUUACCAAACUAAUCGAUACUUCCAGGGUAUCAGAAAUGGAGUACUCAGCUCUGGAACAAAAUGCUAAAUGAUCACAGUUUCACAAGAGACUUUUUCUGUGCUCUGUUUUUAGCUGGACAAUAAAUUUGACCUAAUAUAAUACAAAUACAAACAUGACUGUGCUUUUUUUUUUUUUUUUGAACAAAUCAUGUACCACCAAAAUACUGCAUUUUAAAUGUUUUCUUGUGUUUUUUCCUGUCAUUUAGCUAGUCCACACUGUUCAGUUAUGCUAUUGGGAGUGGGAGGGAAAUACACAGUAAACAAGCUAUCUUGUGGUAAAGAUGUUCCUUAUUUCAUUAUAUCCCACUUGAGGAGCAGAUGGCUCCUUCCCUAGCUACCUUGACUUCACUGUAUACAUUUUUACAGUGUGUAUUUAAAGAAAGCAGACCUCUAUUUUCUUGCUUUUGCAAUUAUACUGGAAAAUCAAAUAUAUUUAAUCAUGCAUUUGAAGCUUCUUGUCAUCAAAUAUAGAAUGCUGUCCCUUUAAUGUUAGAAUUCCAUCCAGUUUACUGUUGUAAGAGUAGUACUUAUAACAAUUGUUAAAUGAAAAAUAUAUGUUCUUCUCUUCUAAGAUGGCCUUGGCAAUUUUUUGUGGCAAUAUAGUUGUAAUCUAGAUUUUUUAAAAAAUAUAAUGCUCAUUAUACCAUGUGAUUAUUGUGUAAAGAUAUGUUUCAAAACCCUCACACACUUAUUUCAUUCAGUGUCCCAUCUCCUUAUUUGUAAAUUAUUUUUUGAAAAAAUAAAUAUAUUUGAAAA